AUUAGAUGCAAGUGCAAGCAAGGCAUUGGUGAGCUCACAGAAAACGAAAUGUCGGAAAAUGAUAUUAAAGAGAACGGAUUCUUUGGCCAUAACGGGCACGUUCGGGCUGCCUCCGAUUCCCCGCCCGAAGUUUAUGAUAAUCUUCAGUUUGAGAGAAGUUCAUCGACUUUGCCACGCACGCAGCAAGGUGGGAGAGGGGUGGUUGAGGGCCCCAACGCGCGGACGGCCAAUCAUGGGGCAGCCCAUACCACAGCCACUACCACUACUACCACCACCCAGGCUGGCACAUGUGACACUAUGGCCUCACGCCGCGGAGGGGCUGACAAUUAUGGCACACUCAAGGUCUCUGGCAACCGCGAGGGCCGUCAGCCGCCGUCGCACCACGCCUCCCACGCCUCUCUUGUCCACAAGUCAAGCAACGUCGGUUCUCUAGCUCGCAAAGACGAAGGCUCCGCCGGCGUUGCCAAUGACCGGGCCAGCGAGAGCGCCACGGCCGGCAGCCGCGACAACCGCAGUCUCCGUGGCAGCCGCAGGGAACUCUCCUCCAAGAGCGUGGACUACUCCGAGAUGGACACAGUGCGGGAGACGGACACGCUGCGACGCCGCGCCCGGAGCAAGAGCACGGACGACGUGACAAAAGGUGACCGAGAUGACGACAACCUCACCCUCGAUAGCAAUACACUUAAGAAAAUGUUGAAGCCCAUGUCGUCAACAGAGUCGCCCGCAACCUCUCCCGAGUCAGGGCGCCGCCGAGCCAAUCGCGGGUUGGGGGGGCAAGGAGUCCCAAUGCGGGCUACCCUGACCAGGGGGGGCUCCACUGUCUCGUAUGCGGAGGGCUUCAAUUCUGAGCCCGACGCACCCCGCCCGCACCGCCUCACACCCUCCAGGUCGGCCAUGAGUGUGCUGGGCGGGGACGAAGGCAGCGGGGGCCGCAGGGGCCGUGGGUUCCGCCUGGACCUGGGGGAGCGUGAGUCCCCGCCAUCCGAUCACCAGCUGUUCGACCUGGGCUGCUACGCCACCACGCCCUCCUCAAGUAACUCUGACUUUGAGAAUAAUGUGGCAACUCCAAGUUCCCCAACCAGCCAGCUGCUGCAAGAAUAUGAAAUGCACCUUCGUAAUACCCUGGCUAAAGGGAUGGAUGCUGAGAGCUAUAGUCUGCAUACCUUUGAAGCCCUUCUGACACAAAGCAUGGAAAACUUGGAAUCCAUCAUUGCGGAGUCACAGUCCCGUCCAUCUUCAAGUGGCACACCACAACAGUCCUCUAGUGGGACACCUCGCCAGUCAGCAAUUCUGCGGUCCCCCCCAGCCCAUGGGUCAGGAACAACUAGAGAGUCAGCAGCGAAAGUCUAUGACCAAAGGCGGCGUGUGAAGUUGAUAAGCGAGAUCAAACGCAUUCACAAGAAAUACCAAGCUAAGCAGAGCUCUCCUUACAAUAGUGAAGAAAUAUCAACUAUCCGUUCAAGCACCAAUGGAGUUGUUAAGUCAGAGAUUUUAGGGAGCCUCAACAAACAUGGGAUGCUGCCAGCCAGUGCUCGAGGGUCAGAAAGAUCCUUACCCACAGCGACACUUCGAGAUGACCGUGAUCAUAGUGGCUACUUUAGUGACCGUAAUGACAGUUAUGGGAGUCGACGUGAUUUGUAUGAUCGUGGCUAUAUGAGUGAUCAUGAACGCAGGUUCUAUGAUAGACAAGAUAGCAUCCGGUCUGGCUACAUGAGUGACCGAGAGCGAGGCUACACCAGCGACAGGGACUCACGUGGCUACAUGAGUGACCGUGAGAGAGGCUACAUGAGUGACCGAGAACGGGGUUACAUGAGUGACCGAGAGAGAGGUUACAUGAGCGAUCGUGAGCGAGGUUACAUGAGUGAUCGCGAGAGAGGCUACACAAGCGACCGGGAAAGAGGCUACACAAGUGAUCGAGAAAGAGGCUACACAAGUGAUCGGGAAAGAGGCUACACGAGUGACCGAGAAAGAGGUUAUACCAGCGACCGUGAGCGAGGUUACAUGAGCGACCGAGAGAGAGGCUACAUGAGCGAUCGUGAGCGUGGUUACAUGAGUGACCGCGAGAGAGGCUACAUGAGUGACCGAGAUUCACGAGGCUAUGCAAGCGAUCGUGAAAGAGGCUACGCCAGUGACCGUGGCGGCUACGGAAGCGACCGAGAAAGGGGCUACUCCAGCGACCGCGAGCACAAUGCCCUGGUUACUCAGGCCUCCAUGGAGAGUGCAGACUCGCGACUCUGCUACCUCACGUCUUCGGAGAUGUCAGAUGAUGACCGCAUGUCCCUGACGACGGCGGUGAGCGAGGACGAAGAAGGAGAGAGCGUGCACAACUCGCCCUACAAGGCCCCGCGCGCUGGCACGACCGCCGCGUCCUUCAACUGCACCGGCGCCGUCAGGAAGGCCGGGUUUCUGAGCGUGAAGAAGUGGCUGCUGCGUAAGAAGCACCAGAUUGAGCUGGCGAGGAAGCGCGGCUGGAAGGGCUACUGGGUAUGUCUGAAGGGCACGACGCUCCUGUUCUACCCAUGCGACUCGCGCGAGGGUCGCUCCGUGGAGGCGGCGCCCAAACAUCUCAUCAUCGUGGACGGCGCCAUCAUGCAACCCAUCCCCGAGCACCCGAAGAGGGACUACAUCUUCUGUCUUUCCACGGCUUUCGGAGACGCUUAUCUCUUCCAGGCCCCGUGCCAGGUCGAACUCGAAAACUGGGUAAACAGCAUCCACAGUGCUUGCGCCGCCGCCUUCGCUCGCCACCGCGGCAAGACCGGAACACUGCAUCUUCUCCAGGAGGAAAUUUUCAGAAUCGACCGCGCCAUAGAAUCGGACUCAAAGCUGAAGCACAUGGCUGAGCUGCAGCUGUCAGUGGUGUCUGAUGCUGAGAGCAAGCAGCAGAUUAUGGGGCAGAUCAAGCAGUGGGAGGAGAAUCUAGAACGUCUACAUUGUGAACAAUUCCGCCUGCGGUGCUACAUGGCAUCUCUACAAGCAGGAGAACUGCCAAAUCCAAAGGGACUCCUGACUCAUGUGUCACGCACAACCAAGACGACUCUGAACCGUCUAGGUGUAUUCACAGUGAGCAGCUUCCAUGCAUACAUUUGUGCCCGCAGUCCUUCCCUGCUCAACAACCUCCUUGCAGGCAGAGGAGCAACUAAACGCAGGGCACCCAUGUUAUCACGGAGCAACAGUGUGUCAUCACGAAGAUCCUUACAGAUGCAACAGCAACUUGAAGGUGAAAAGCAAUACAAAGUCAACCUUCCAGAUAAUCAGACUGUGACCAUUAGCAUAAAAGACUCCAUGACUGUGGAGGAAUUCCUGGUAGCAGCAAGUGGCAGGAAGAACCUUAACCCAAUGGAACACUUUGUGAGAGUCAAGAAACGUCGUGAGUUGGAGGAAACCAACUACUUCGUCCCUCACCGUACAGACCUCAUAGAGAACUACUUGGCAACUCAUGAAGUAGUUGAGAUCUGCGCCAAGAUCCUGUACCAGGUGGAGUUGUCUCGCUCCUCACUUGACCACAUGUGGGGCUUCAGUGUGGAGGCAGAGCUCAUUGAGAAUUCUGAGCGGCAGGAUGAACUUUGCUGCUACAUCUCCAGGGUGGAAGACAGAUCCACUGCCAUGCAAAAUGAGGAAAUUUACGGCAUCAUCAAGGGAGAUGAGAUCAUGGUGAUCAAUGGUGCAAUUGUUAGUGACUUGGACAUGAUGUAUAUAGAAAGUGUUCUACAAGAGGAGCUUGCCCUCUGUCUCAUGAUGAGGUCUUCUCGAACAGAUCCACCAGACUUAGCCUCUUUAAUGAAGACAACAGAUGAGAUCAUCGAGUCAUUAGUGUGUCCGCCACCACCCACAGAGACCUCCCUGAACGAGGAGAUGAUUUCCAGGAUGAUUGUUCCAGCACCAACAUGGAGCAAGGCCAUACUCCCUGGUAAAGAGCCAGCCAGUCCGGAUGGCUUCCCACCUCCCGCCUCGGAUACCUCGGAGCGAUCAAAUGUCUCAUCCUUGGAAAUUGAAAAUUUUCUUAGGCAGAACUCCGAAUUGAGUGGAUGCUGUCGGUCACCUGUCGAGCGGAGGUCAAGCCCCACGGGUUCCAUCGCCUCCACUCAGAGCCAGUCGCAGUUGACGCCCUCCCGCCAACUCAGCGACGGCGAGCGACUCAAGAAGGUCAUCCUGGAGCUCAUCGACACGGAAAGGAGCUACGUCAAGCACCUGAACAACCUCUUGGAGAAUUACCUGGAGCCCCUGAAGAGUGCAUCGUUCCUGAGUUCGGCCGAAGUCAAUGCGCUCUUCGGCAACAUCCGGGAGAUCGUGGCCUUCCAAAGGCUGUUCCUGCAGGCCCUUCAGGAGGCGCUCGACAUGGAGCCCGGCUUCUCCAAGUUCGACCAGCCCUACGAGUUUAAGAAUGUGCUGUUCUCCAUCGGCAGUGCUUUCCUCUACUACGCCAGCCAGUUCAAGUUGUACAGCUCCUUCUGCGCCUCCCACUCCAAAGCUCAAAAAGUCCUACAUCCUAGUGAAGGCAACCAGGCCUUGCAGGAGUUCCUAGCGUCCCGCAACCCACGCCAGCAGCACUCGGCGACCUUAGAGUCCUACCUGAUCAAGCCCAUUCAGCGGAUUCUCAAGUACCCGUUGCUCCUGCAGCAGCUGAAAGCCCUCACCACCCCCGGCUCGGACGAACACAGACACCUUGUGGAGGCUCUGAAAGUUAUGGAGAAGGUAGCUGAGCACAUCAACGAGAUGCAACGGAUCCAUGAGGAAUAUGGUGCAAUAUUUGAUCACUUGUUCCGUCAGCACCAAAAGUCUUGCAAACAAGACCCUAGGAUCUCACGUGAUCCACACCUCCCACAGCCCAUCGACCUCUCUCCUGGGGAUCUUCUGUACUAUGGAGGAGUGGAGUGGCUCAACAUUUCUGACUUCCUUGGCAAAAUAAAGAAGGGGCUGGAACUCCAUGCCAUGUGCUUUGUCUUUAAAACGGCUGUAGUCUUCUUGUGCAAAGAAAGACUAAGACAAAAGAAAAAGUUGAUGGUUAGUGCUGUUGGAGUCCCAGGCAAAAAUAGUUCUUCAGAAGUAGAAAUAAUAAGGUAUCAAGUGUUGAUCCCAGUGACGGAGGUUCAAGUCCGUGCCUCCUCCAUGAAGGAUAUGGACUCUCACUUCCUUUGGGAGCUUAUUCAUCUCAAGAGCCAGCUCCAGAGGCGGUCUGAGAAGGUUUACCACUUGUCAAAUAGCACAUCAGAAUUCCGCAACGCUUUCUUGAAAACUAUUCGACAGAUCAUCAGAGAGUCAGUUCGCAACAUGAACAUCCCAGCAAACAAGCCAUCUUCAUCUUCAUCCAAUAUAUCUAAUAAGGGAAACACUAACACCCUGCAACCAUCUCGCUCUGUGCCAAAGAAAAAAGCACCCACAGUUCAGUCAGCCACCCUGCAACGGCACUCAGCAGGUAACAUAGACUAUGACAACUUGGAGAGCUACGAUAAUGUGCCUGAGACGCAGAUUGGGCAUGACCAGUCCAACUUCCAAACACGUAGCAAGACCGUGUCGGACGGCAUGGACGAACUCAGUGACUCCACCACCAAGAGCGACGGCGGCAAGGACGAAGUGGGAACGCGAUCGGAGGGCGAGGAGGAGGUCAUAGAGAAGAAAAAGGCGACCCUAGGCCGGACCCCCAACCACCUCUCGCUGUCCACCACCUCGACGCUCUCAACGGGCUCCACUGGCUCCAUGGCCAAGCUUAUCCAGGCCAGCAACCAGCCAUCCCAGUACCAACCGGCCAAGAGUGUUGGUUCCCCGGUGUGGAAGCCCCGUGAUGCCUUUGCCCCAGGUGCAGGCAGCACCUUUGGUGCAGCUGCCGGAGGUGCUGGUCAGCGAGGAGAGUCACUAACACUGCCUCGUGCAGGAAAGCCCAGUGGCCGAGAGGAUCACUUCCUGGUCUACGAGGAGUAUGGUGGCAACAUCUACAUGAGUAGCAAAAAAGACACAGAUGAUGAGGUAAAAGAUACAGCCAGUAGAAGUGGAUGUCCAAGCAUACCAGUGAUACCAGGGGUUCCAAUCCCCACCAAUGGAAGUGCUGUUGGUAGUAGUCCAGCCUACAUGUGUGGAAGUGUCACCACGCACCACCUCCGACCAUCCCAUCUAUCCACUCACUAUACUGACCAGCAAUCACAGGGUGCAAUACACAGACCUUCACAUGACUCUCUUCGACCUGUCUCAGUGAAUGGGAGUUCUUUCCAUGCACCUUCUCCAGAUGUAGGGCCAUGUGGAAAUAUUGGAUCAGGAGGAAGAAGGGGUGUGCAUGGAGAUGGCCUAAAGAGUUCUCCUUGGCCAGGUUUCCCUUACACUGGGGGUGGGGAAAGUCACCCAGGGGAAGACAUGGAAAGUGUACUUGGCAAUGGUACCAUUACUAUUGAUGCUCUCCUCCAGCAACUUCGAGCACUUUCUUAGUUACCUUUUCAUUCAAUAAAUACCAGAUGGGAAAUUCUCUCUCCAGCUGUCCACUAUCAGUUACACAAUGCUGCAGUCCCAGUCUUCAGUCCAUCAUAAAAUAAAUAUAGACAUGGACAUGAUUUCUCUCUCUAUCUCUCUUGUUAAUAGUUAUGUUGCCUGGAAACGAAAUUAAUUCAAGGAAACAAAUGUCUUACCAUUUACUUAUCUACAAAGAUAAGAACAUGAACAGGGUCUUUGUUUGGCCACUUUUGCUUGGCUAAUGCUUUCUGCUCAAAGUUUUCUUUUUUGUAUAUAAUGUGUUAGGUUAGUGUAAGACAGAUAAAGGAUGUAACAGCAAUGUUGAUAUUUUCACGAUUUCAGUCGAGCCAACACCUGGCAACAGGUAGCAAUUAUUCCAGCAUUAUUAUACCAGCUUGUAUACAAGCUGAAUUUUAACACGGGCAUUUUCAUAACGAUUAAAAAAAUAUGCGAGACUCGCCACGUUAUCUAGUCUUCAAGACUUUAAUUAUUAAGGUUUUACAUUUAAUUUCAUUAUUUCCUUAUAUAAUCAUUUCCUUCCUGUUACUGUUGUAUUUACUCUGAUCUUCAGAAUAUGACUCCCUUUUCCUUUCAAUAUUCAGUGCUUGUAGUAGUUUGAAUUUUUUUUUUUUUUAUCAUCUACAUUUGUUUUAUAUGAUUAUUGAUUUUUGCUUACAUAUCCAUUUCUUUUACAACAUCAUAUUCAUAUUUGAAGAUAUUGUAUUUUCCAGUCUUUCAUUACUUGUUAUCAUGAGAUUGACAAUGUAAUAUAAUAAAAUUCGAAGAUGAAAA